AUGCCCGCCGCUGCUCGCUACCUGCCGCCGCUGCUGCUGCUCCUCUCGCUGCCUUCGUCGCUGCUGAUCUCCGGCCUAGAUGGGCCGGGGGAGGGCGGCGGCCUGGCCUCCUCCUCAGCCGGGGACAAUGGGCUCACGGCCGCGGGGGGACACAUGAUGUCCGGCCCGGAGAGGGUCCUGACGCCCUCGGCUCUGACUGCAGAGCCCCAGUUUGCCCUGAAGGUGCUCCUGAGAGAUCUGGUGACCCGGCAGCCCUUGGCCGGGGCCUCGGUGGAUGUUUACGUCAACCACACCUUGAGGGGUUCGUCCCGAGCUGGGCGGAGCGGCGAGGUUCUGCUCUGGGUCGGCUACAGUCCGGGCCUCAGUUUGACCCUGCUGGGCCAUAAGGAAGGCUUCGUGCCCACCCCGCUGCCCUGGAGCACCACCAAGAGACCGAUCUUCUCUGCUGUGACGAUGCUGCUGCUUCCGCACAGUCAGGGCAACAUCUGGCUCUUUGAAGACUCCGUGCUCAUCACAGGGAAGUUACCCGACAGCUCCGCCCAACCAAGGGUCAAGUUCCCCCAGAACCUCCUGACCACCGCUGAUAAAAGCAACGUGUCAUCGCUGAUGGCGUAUCUGACUGUGCCACAGCACCACCUGGCGAAGGACUGCGCUAACUGCACCCCCGGCAUCAUCAGCAGCCAAUCAGUGCUCAGGAGCAUCGAACUGAGGGCGGUGGCAGCCGUCAGCGUCCUGCUGUACUCUGGUGGUGAGGAGCUCCAGGUCCGAGGGCCGAUCCAGAUCAGCCUCCCGUUGGGACAUAACACACACCUGAGGGUCUCCGAUACGGUACCAGCCUGGGCCUUCAAUCUGAAAACAGGUGCCUGGGAGAACCAUGGACUGGGAAUAGUUAAAACACUUGGUGAUGAGCUGAUUUGGACUUACACUGCCUCCCAUCUGGGAUACUGGAUUGCUGCUCCACAUCCUUUUUCCAAAGAUUACCCUGGAUAUGGCAGCUCAAUGGAUUUCAUCUCGUACCACUCCUACAGUCUGAUGGGAAUACUAGGCGGAACUCUUGUUGUGGUGAUUGGACUCCUGUCGUUGCUUUUGUGUCACUGCGGAGGUUCCUCUCGAGAGCCCACGAGGAGGCGUGCACGCUUCUCCAAGCUCACGGUGGUGAAAAAAGACCAAACCACCUCCACCCACAUGGAGGAGGGUUUGCUGUUCCGAUCAGGGGACGACCUCGCCUCCUGCAGCGUCACCUGUGAGCUGUCCACACCGAGACACAAAGCCAACUACAACAUCUAUGUGGAGGAUCCUGGGAGUCUUACUGCAGCUCCUCCUUAUGACAACAUCGCUGCAGAUCGGAUGAAGGGACCACAGCCUCACUACAUCAACAGUGAGGAGGUGGCUUGGAUACGGGAGAAAACAGAGCAGAAUCGAGCCAAUAUGAACUCUGAGAACUUCUUUCAGGAUAAGCUAGUGCAUAUCUACAACCAGCCAGUGGCGAUUAUUCAAGCUCCGGAGCUGUUCGGUGCUCAGGAACCGCAGCUACCGGGAUGCAAGUCCAACACUUUCCCCAGAAAAGGGGUGGAGUAUGACGGCCAUUCAGAACCUGCCAGUAAGGACAACUACACCCAGACGCUACCCAAAGUUCCUCACCACCACUCCCAGGGUGGAAACAGCCCCCAGCAGAGCAAUCAAGAUGACCCUCAGCCUCUGGAGACUCCACCACCAGGACCAGGUCCAAACUCUGGUGUGUGGGGACGCUACAGUAACCUCCUUGAAUCUUCCGUCUCUGUACCUGGGACUCUCAACGAGGCAGCUGGUAUGGGGGCCUUCGGCAGUGGGCACACCAGUGAGCUACAGGGGAUUUCUGAGCGUACUUUACUGGAGCUGACCCGAGGCAAGUCCUCCUCCUCUCACCCCAGAGCCUGGUUUGUCUCUCUGGAUGGGAAGCCAGCUGCUCAAGUCCGCCACUCCAUCAUUGAGCUGCAGAGCCGGCACCGCCCACCGAGCAGCAAUGACACCAGCCUGGACUCUGGCGUAGACAUGAACGAGCCCCAGCACAACAUCCGUGAGUCGGAGCGUGACAGGCCUUCGAUUAGGGUCUCCUCAUUUCCACACCAUGGCCGAGGGGGGAGGUACGGUGAGGAGCAGGACCUGAGCAGCAGUGAGAGUGGUACCACUGCAACUUGCACGCCAGAGGACCCUUCCCUCAGGAACAUUUUAGACGGGAGCAGCGGGGCUAUUCCCAAUAUUCCUGAAGAGCAGGAUGGGAUGGAUACAUCCAGCGCUCAGGAGGAUAGUGAGUCAAGAGGAACGCCACCUCCUCGGCGACUUAGGAAGGUGAGGGAGAAAGGGAAGGCAGAAAAGAGGAAGCAUGUUCGGGAGAGCAGACCUCUGACGAAGAGAAGUUAGAAACUAGAUCAAUUUGUUUGUGUUCACAAAGGCAUUGUUGUUGUUCUCUGAUUGUACAACUCUGCCAAAGAAACCAUAAGCUAACCCUAGAAAACAGUGGUUCCCAACCAUGGUCCUUGAGGAACGCCAUCCUGCAUGUUUUAGUUGUUUCCCUGCUCCAGCACACCUGAUUCAGUGAUUUUAUUACUCUCUCAAGUUCUGCCAAAGCCUGUUAAGCACUCAGUCAUUCAAAUCAGGUGUGUCAA